AUGUUCCGUGUUUUUGGCCGACGCCUCAUAUCUCGCACACUGCCGCUGCUGCAGGAUGCGCACCACGAUCUGCCAGAGGGCUUUGAGUUUUUCGAGCACAAGGUGGUGGAUAAGGACCUCCAUGCCUCCUACGAAAACCUGGAGACCCUCAGAUUUACUCUCACGCGCCAGGAUGAGUUUCUCAUGCGGGAAAAACCCGUCAAGUGUGUCACGGUGACUGGUGUGAAUGGCGAGUAUGGCAUUUAUCCUGGGCAUGCCUACAAAAUUGUUCAACUCGUGCCUGCGCCACUGACAGUGGAGUUUACCGACGGGCGAACGCAAAAGUAUUUUCUGAGUGGCGGCUUUGCGCACAUCAAUAAUGAGGGUUCAUGCGACGUCAAUGCGGUGGAGUGUGUCCCUCUCGAGGACCUUGAGCUUGCCGCUGCUGAGAAGUCGCUUGCUGCGCAACAGGCUUUGCUAGGCUCUGCAAAGGACGACAAGGCCCGGGCAGUUAUUGAGAUUCGUACUUCUGUGCUCGAGAGCAUCAUUGCCGCAUUGAAGCAUCACUAA